UUUUGUCUCUCUUGUUCUUUAUCGCGCAAGAAGAUUUUCUUGGACGCGAUUUUGGACCGUUGACACGCUGGACGCGGAGCAGGAUCCACGCAGGCGGCACAAAGCGGACACCGUAUUCUUCAUUUGCGGCUUUAACACGAUGGAGCCUGCCUUCGGUGAGGUGAACCAACUCGGUGGUGUUUUCGUAAACGGCAGGCCGCUCCCCAACGCCAUCCGGCUCAGGAUAGUGGAGUUGGCACAACUCGGGAUUCGACCCUGUGACAUCAGCAGGCAGCUGCGGGUGUCCCACGGCUGCGUCAGCAAGAUUUUGGCUCGCUACAACGAGACCGGCUCCAUCCUCCCGGGGGCAAUCGGAGGCAGCAAGCCGCGGGUCACCACACCCACAGUUGUCAAACACAUACGGACAUAUAAGCAGAGAGACCCGGGGAUUUUUGCCUGGGAGAUCCGGGACAGGCUACUCGCCGACGGGGUUUGCGACAAGUUCAACCUGCCCUCCGUCAGCUCCAUCAGUCGGAUCCUCCGAAACAAGAUUGGGAAUCUGUCCCAGCAGAGCCAGUAUGAGUCGGGCAAGCAGGCGCCUCAUCCACCGCCGCAGCCAACAUUACCCUACAACCACUUAUAUUCAUACCCGACAUCCAAAGUGCCCACUCCCCCUGGCAUGCCCACCCUUCCCGGACACAUGGCCAUGCACAGGAUAUGGCCCUCCUCGCACUCUGUAACUGAUAUUUUGGGGAUACGGUCUAUUACAGAGCAACAAAUUAGUGACAGUCCAUCCUUUCCCAGCGCCAAACUAGAAGAAUGGAGCGCUAUAAACAGGACUAAUUUCCCACCAGCAAGUUCUCCACUAGUCAAUGGCGUGGAUAAACCGCAUUUAGAACCCGAGGCAAAAUACACACAGACGCCGAAUGGAUUGCCCACAGUGAACAGCUAUGUCACAGCACCCAGCAUCCCUCCCUACCACCCUCCCACCCAAGUGUCACCCUACAUGGGGUACAGCGCCACCACGUCGGCCUAUGUGACCGGACCCACGUGGCAGCCAGCCAGUGGCAGUGCUCUAUCUCCCCACAGCUGUGACAUCGCCACCCCGCUGGCCUUCAAGAGCAUGUCAGCCAACCGUGACGCCAUCCACCCAGUCGCCGCCUCAGUGCUGUGAAGUCAGCUCCACAGACUGAUGAGAGAAAGGGGGGCGGGUGGGGGUGAAGCAGAGUGGGCUGGGUGAGAGCCAGUGAGGACAAGAGACUCCAAGUCUGUCCACGGUGGCUUUUUGUUUUUCACUCCCACUACCACCUUUCUAUGAAGGACUUGGCCCCAGGACUCACAUUUGCGCCACUGGGUAUAUGAUGCCCCUCCAAGCUAAACGCAGUCACACCAAAGACACACAACAAAUAAAAAGCCUGCCAGUUUUUUACAGCAAAUGUGUUGACUAAAAGUACUUGCAGGACAGGUGUUCCAAAGACUGACGUAUGACUGCUACACCAUCCAUCAACAUAAUUCCUCUCAGAUUCUUUACUGCACACUUCUGCAAAUGUCUCUGGGCAAAACGGGGUAAUGUAUAACUUUAUGAAUACACAAUCAAAGAAAAAGGAAAAAAAACUUUGCAUUAGUGUUUCAGGGUGCUUAAUAAUAAUUGCUAUUGUUUUUUUAUGUUUGUAUGCUUUUUGUUGUUUAUGAUUUGAUAAAAGUAACUGUGUUAUGGAGCAUUGUUUUCCACUUCUCUAAAAAUGUAGCCUAUGCAAGAGCUCCAAAGAGAAGUUUAUUUAUUAGAUUAAGGUACGUUGAAUGAAGUGCAAUUAGUUUUACAGAAAGCAUGGAAAUCUCCACGCACAUUUAGGCAGAAUUGGCAUUGGGCACAUUGGUGUCUAGAGCAUUAACAUAAUUAAUUGUCAAAUGUUGCACAAUGAAAUUGAAUGUAUCUUAAUAAAUUGUUUGGCUUUUA